UGCCUUGCCUGUAACUCAGCAAAUGACAGAAAUGAGCAUUUCAAGAGAGGACAAAAUAACUACCCCGAAAACAGAGGUGUCAGAGCCAGUUGUCACUCAGCCCAGUCCAUCAGUUUCUCAGCCCAGUAUUUCUCAAAGUGAAGAAAAAGCUCCUGAGUUACCCAAACCAAAGAAGAACAGAUGUUUCAUGUGUAGAAAGAAAGUUGGCCUUACAGGAUUUGACUGCCGAUGUGGAAAUUUGUUUUGUGGACUUCACCGUUACUCUGACAAGCACAACUGUCCAUAUGAUUACAAAGCAGAAGCUGCAGCAAAAAUCAGAAAAGAGAAUCCAGUUGUUGUGGCUGAAAAAAUCCAGAGAAUAUAAAUUACUACUUGUGAAGAGACUGAAACUUUGUUUUUAUUUUAAUAUAUCGUAGGAAAACAUUAAAGAGCAGAUGCAUGGCCAUUUUCCUUUGAUGUUCUCCAGAGUUUUACUUUACACUUGUCUGUCUUAUAAUUGAUAUUUUAGAAUGUUUGGGUGUUUGUUACAGGCAGAAUUGGAUAGAUACAGCCCUACAAAAUGUAUAUGCCCUCCCCUGAAUAAAAUUGGAUAAAAAUCUGCACAGCAAAUUGAAAUACACAAAUAAUAGGGACAAAAUUUAGUUCCCAUGUGCCAAACAAAAUAAAUGAAAUCUCUGCAUGUUUGCAGCAUUAUCUGCCUUUUGGGAAUGUAAUCAAGGUAUAAUCUUUGGCUAGUGUUAUGUGCCUGUAUAUUUUUAAAAAUGGUACACCAGAAAAGGACUGGCAGUCUACUUCUGUCAUAGUUUUAACUUCACCUUCUUAAUUUUCACAUGUUCUUUGGAAGCAGGAAGAAUGCUGUAAGGAGGAUCAGAUCUUCCCAUGAAAUCAGUAUUUGGUGCCAUAUGUAAGCCUGGUUCAAUUGGUCUUAUAAAAGCUGUCAAAUAAGACAUUCUGUGAAAGGUAAACAUCACAGCCGGUUAAAAGUAAAACCAUCAAGCCAACAACUGGGUCUUGAGGUAAUCUUUGAAGCUUACUGUGCUGGCCUGCACCAGAAGAUACCUGCAUUAUUCUCAUUACUAAAAAUAUGUAGCACAGAACUGCGUUAGGAUUAAUUUGUUUACAAGAAGAAGUUAAAACUGUUUGGUUUUCAUAUACAGCAGCUCUAUUGAAUAACAUGCAUCUGAAUUUUAAGUUGCAAAGGUAUCCGAACAGUUAAUUUUUCAUGUGCAUCUUUUGUUGAAUGUUUUGGUUUAAGAAAGAAUGUUUAAAGCUUUUUAAAGACUUCAGUUCUUAAUGUAACUGUAUCCUUCUGCAUGGAAAAUCAUAACCAACAUGGCUGCAGUAGACUUCUUAGUGGUAUCCAGCACCACUUGCAGAGGGCUGCUUUAUCAUAUUAAUUGUACUUGGGUGUAGGACUCUAGUGUUCUUGGGUGUAUUGCAUGGGCUGCAUUAUCUACAGCAUUGUACAAUAACAACUAGAAAAGGCAGUAUACUUCACUGAUGCUUGUCUGGUAAUAUCACUUCUGUGUUAUAAUGGAAGGUUUUUUUGUGAUGUAUGAAACUUGUGUUUUUAUAUAUAAAUGAGCAUAGAGAUUAGUGUUGUGGUAAUGCCUGUUUCCAUCUGUAAAUAGUUAAGUAUGUACACGAGGCACUACUUCUGAUUUAUUGCAGUGUUCGGUCCUAGUUUUUACUUUUAUUCUUAAAGCAUUCAAUUUUGCUUUUAAUUUUAUGUACCUUAGUUCUGAGUUAGAUCUGCAGAUGUGUACAGAUAGUUCAUAUUUAUGUAUUGCACAUAAUCAUGCUCUUCAGCAUUGAUGCUAUAUUGUAUUAUGUAAAUAAUAAAAGCCAUGUACAGAGGGAAACUUCCACUUGUUCAUUGGGUUUUUAAGCUUUAGUUAGAAUCCUAAAGGGGAAAAUAGAAAAUGUUUCAUAUUCAACUUUAUAGUUGUAUAUACAGACUUUGCAUGGCUGUAUUAUAAAUUUAUAUUCUGUUGCCAUUCUUGAACUUGAUUAUCAAGUGAGAAUCACGAGUUAUUUGAAAAAUUUUCAAGUAUGGCACAUGAUGGACAAUUUGUUACUGAAGAUCUGAAUCUUCAGGAUCGAAAACAAUCUUAAAACUUGGAAAGGAAUGAAAUUCAAUUAUCACCUAUUUUUGUUAUCCAUGUUGUACUUGAAUCAGUGACUUAAGGCAUAAUUUUUUGUUCACAGAAGCAGUAGAGAAGAUGACCAUGAACUUUGUCUUUGCAGGUAAUACAGAAGGACAAAUAAUGGUUACAUGUAAUUUUGCUCCCUGGAACAACAGAAACCAAGAGCAAAACCAUUUCAGUUAGGCAUGGAAAUACUAACCCUUCAAUCUUGUCAACUCUUAGUGUGCUGCCACUUCUGCUUUAAGUAGAAGAAAGAUGUGUGUAGAAGUCCAUGUGUUGAUUUGAAGGUAGUAUCUCCCUCAGUAUGAAGACCUGAAUCACAGUAGAAUUGGAAAUUAUGGUAUUUAGAAAAGAAAGUUUUUCAAUUUUAAAAUGAGGCUCUAUCCCCUCCUACAUAUUGUCAACAAAAAAAUAUAUAAUUUAAAUCUUUUUCAAGUCUGAAUGUAGUGUGUGGGAGAUGGGGAGAUAAUGGGUCUUCAAAUUAUAUCAGUUUGUGAAAGUAGUAGCAAGAGAUUGUCAUGAAUAUUAUCACUUUUUAUAAGAAACAUUUGGACUUAGGAAUUGGUUUUUGUCAGAGCAUCACUAGGGAGAAGGAAGAUUUGUAGAUUCAGUUCUGCCAAGACUCUUGGAUUCAGACCUAAAUAUUUCUCUCAGUUCAGACAGUAUUUGCAAUGUGCACAGAUUUUUUAAAAACAACACUAUCUUGUUUCCUAUUUAAACAAUCUUUGUACCUCUAGCACUCAGCUUUGCUAGGAUGAAUUAGCUGUUUCACUGGGCUGUAAUCCUUUUGUAAAUCUAACCAUUCAGUAAGCCUUGCAUCUGAUGAGGAUAGGGCAGUGGGGUAUAGUGGUUAUGGUUAUGGACCUUGGGACCAGAAUAUCAUCAGGGUAAAAUUGUUUGCAUUGGCUGCUUCAUUGGUUAAAUGAUUGUAACUACUUGCUCUAGGAGUGUGAAGAGGACUAAAAAUUGCCUAGUAUGUAGUAUGGGCUGUUGUCCCAGUAUUACAAUUAAGUAAUGAUCUCUAGAACUUGGAGAGAAGAAUAUUUGAAAAUUUAAUGAGGUUGGUCACAUCAAGUUACAUGGUGAAAAGGUUAAGAUCUGUAAAACUGUUUCAGGUGAUUUGGAUCAUUUUCAGUAAGGUUUUCUUUGCAAAGUCUGCACGAAGUGAAGCAAGUAAUUAUAAAAAUGGGCAAAUGUCUACUAGUAAUGUAAUAAUAGAUGUUAUGCAAACUGCUAUUUUCUUUUUGAAUUGGUAAUAUAUUGACACGGUUUCAAAAUGAAUUUAUCUGUAUACAUUGAGAACCAGCCUCUCAUUCUGUCCUGUACCCUCUAUUUCAAAGGUGCAUGUACAUUUUGGGUAAAUUUUAUACUUAGAUUAUUUGGUCUCUUCCAUUUUGUGUAAAUGUUUUUUGAGUUUGUAAGAUUUAAUAUGACAUGUCUAUUUGAAUGCAGACUUAACAGUGCUUUUUGUCCAUAGUAUUAAUAAUUUUGGAGACUGACAGAUAAGGUUGCUGUUACCUAGAAGAGUUUAUGUGGAUAAGGCAACAGCUUUUAAUGAAAAGAAACUCGGAAGUUGCACAAAUCAGUUUGUAAAACCUCCUUUUGAAACAAGUGUACAUGUGCAACAAUA